UUUAAGUUGGUACCAGUGGUUCAGUUUCUUUUCUGUCAAAAAUUUGUGCUGCUGUUGUCGGCCACAACAUGAAGUUCAACAAAUUGGUAACGGCUUCGAGAAACAAAAAUAGGAAAAGGCAUUUUUCCGCCCCUUCUCACAUUAGAAGGACUUUGAUGUCUGCUCCUCUUUCGAAGGAACUGAGGCAAAAAUACAAUGUUAGCACUAUGCCCAUCCGUAAAGACGACGAAGUCCAAGUCGUAAGGGGACAUUACAAAGGCCAACAGGUUGGUAAAGUCGUCCAAGUUUACAGGAAAAAGUUCGUAAUUUACAUUGAACGAAUCCAAAGGGAGAAAGCCAACGGGGCUAGUGUUUACGUAGGAAUCCAUCCUUCCAAAGUGGUCAUUGUAAAGUUAAAAAUGGACAAAGAUAGGAAGAAAAUAAUUGACCGCAGAGCCAAGGGUCGUUUGGCUGCAUUGGGCAAGGACAAAGGAAAAUACACUGAAGAAUCGGCUGCGUCUGCUGUAGAAACAUCUUAAGUGUAGAAGUAAUUUUUAUUAAUAAAGUUAAUAUUAAAUAUUGCUCUA